ACACCUUUGGAGCCGCUCUAGAAAGUUCGGUGCCCUUCCUCCCGAAUCUGCUAGAAAGGGUGCUUGCACGCCAGACACGGACAGCUUAUUUCUGUAUUUGUUUUAAUACUCCUGUACUUGGAGAACGCGUUUAAACCGCUCUUAGCUAACCAUUAAGCGAGCAACUUAUUCUGAGAGACGCUAGCCAGAUAGACCGCACUUUACUCUGCAGCAGUUUAUGCUCAUAGCAAGUCCGUUUCAUAGGUUUACUGCGGAAUUAGCUACGAUAACCUGACUUUUGGCAAACAUGACUGCAGAAGACGUGACAAACGAUGGAAACAGUAUCCAAAUCGAAGGAGAGGAUAUAACUCCUAAGAAAGAUGGAGGAGUUAUGAAGUUAGUGAAAAAAGAGGGCACAGGUACAGAACUGCCUAUGACAGGUGAUAAGGUAUUUGUGCACUAUGUUGGUACACUUUUGGAUGGCACUCAGUUUGACUCCAGUCGUGACCGUGGAGAAAGGUUCUCGUUUGAGUUGGGAAAAGGUCAGGUGAUUAAAGCAUGGGAUAUUGGUGUAGCAACAAUGCACAUUGGAGAAAUCUGUCAGCUUAUUUGCAAACCUGAGUAUGCCUAUGGAGUUGCUGGCAGCCCACCCAAAAUUCCACCCAAUGCAACCCUUGUGUUUCAGGUUGAGUUGUUUGAGUUUCAUGGGGAAGACAUCACUGAUGAUGAAGAUGGUGGCAUUAUCCGUAGAACCCUCACAAAAGGAGAGGGUUAUUCUAAACCCAAUGAGGGAGCUUCUGUAGAAGUGCAUGUGGAAGGAACGCAUGAAGGCAAUGUGUUUGAUGACCGAGAUCUAAAAUUUGAGAUCGGAGAUGGAGAGAGUCUUGAUCUGCCACCUGGUGUGGAAAAAGCACUGCAGGCUAUGGAACAGGGAGAGGAGUCUCUGUUUACUCUGAAACCAAAAUAUGGGUUUGGAAAUGCUGGCUAUGAUAAAUUCAACAUUCCACCUGGUGCAACAUUACAAUACAAAAUUAAGCUAACUGCCUUUGAGAAAGCUAAAGAGUCUUGGGAGAUGAACACAGGUGAGAAGCUGGAGCAGAGUGCUAUUGUAAAAGAGAAAGGAACUCAGUACUUCAAAGAUGGCAAAUACAAGCAGGCAGCGGUGCAGUAUAAGCGUAUCGUGUCAUGGCUGGAGCACGAAUCUGGUCUGCAGGGGGAGGAGGAAGAGAAGGCCAAGGCCCUGAGAUUGGCAGCUCAUCUCAACCUAGCUAUGUGCUACCUAAAACUACAUGAACCCAGCCCUGCCUUUGAGAACUGUGACAAGGCGCUGGAAUUGGAUACAAGUAAUGAAAAGGCAUUGUUCAGGCGAGGGGAGGCACUGUUUGUGAUGAAGGAAUUUGAUAGGGCAAGAGAAGACUUCCAACGGGUGCUGCAGCUGUAUCCAGCCAAUAAGGCAGCAAAGAGCCAGGUGGUGCUGUGCCAGAAACACCUCAAGGAACAGCAUGAAAAGGACAAGCGUCUGUAUGCCAACAUGUUCCAGAAGUUUGCAGAGAGAGAUGCAAAAAAGGAAGCAGAGCAGGCAAAGAAAGAGAGUGACAGUGGGAUGGAGAUAGAGGAAAACGGGGCUCAGGAGCAGACGGCAGCAUAAAACUGUGCUAAUGAUGCUGUGUUUGGGUGUGUAGAUUUUGUUUUUUGUUUGUUUGGUUUAUUUUAUUUUUUUAAGACUUUUGUUUGUGGGGUU